CUCUGCUAAGUUGCCUGCGGAAGCCGGAAGUUGUUUUGUGUCACGGUGGUGGAAGCGUCUCGGUCUCCCGGUGAUGAUGUAACCGGCGGCGCCGGGGCUCUAACAGCGAUAGUGGGACGGAGAGAAAGCUGCCAGCAUGAAUUUGUUACCCAGUAACCCGCACGGCAACGGCCUGCUGUAUGCGGGCUUCAACCAGGACCACGGCUGUUUUGCAUGUGGGAUGGAGAACGGGUUCCGCGUGUACAACACAGACCCGCUAAAAGAGAAGGAGAAACAAGAGUUUAUGGAAGGCGGCAUCGGCUACGUGGAAAUGCUCUUUCGCUGCAACUACCUGGCUCUGGUGGGAGGGGGGAAGAAACCAAAAUACCCCCCCAACAAAGUGAUGAUUUGGGACGAUUUAAAGAAGAAAACCGUGAUUGAAAUUGAGUUUUCCACGGAGGUGAAGGCGGUGAAACUUCGCAGAGACCGGAUUGUGGUGGUUUUGGAUUCCAUGAUUAAAGUGUUCACUUUCACACACAACCCUCACCAGCUUCAUGUGUUCGAGACGUGUUAUAACCCUAAAGGGUUGUGCGUCCUGUGUCCGAACAGCAACAACUCGUUCCUGGCGUUCCCAGGAGCUCACACCGGCCACGUACAGAUUGUGGAUCUGGCCAGCACUGAGAAGCCCCCUCUGGAUAUCCCGGCUCACGAGGGAGUGCUGAGCUGCAUCGCGCUAAACCUACAAGGGACCAGAAUCGCAACUGCGUCGGAGAAGGGAACUCUCAUAAGAAUAUUUGAUACGUCAUCCGGGCAUUUAAUCCAGGAGCUGCGCCGAGGAUCACAAGCGGCUAACAUAUAUUGUAUUAAUUUCAAUGAAGACGCCUCUCUGAUCUGCGUCUCUAGCGAUCAUGGUACCAUUCACGUCUUUGCUGCAGAGGAUCCAAAGAGAAAUAAGCAGUCCAGUUUGGCCUCCGCCAGCUUCCUCCCGAAGUACUUCAGCUCCAAGUGGAGUUUCUCAAAGUUUCAGGUCCCCUCUGGAUCGCCUUGUGUUUGUGCCUUCGGAACCGAGCCCAAUUCAGUCAUAGCAAUUUGCGCAGACGGCAGCUACUACAAGUUCCAGUUUAACCAGAAGGGCGAGUGCACGCGCGACGUCUACGCGCAGUUUUUGGAAAUGACGGACGACAAACUCUGAUGGGGCUGAGCGGGGAAGCUUUUGCUGAAGGAACUCAUUCUGGAUGCAGAAACAGGACGAGCAGAAGGUAGCUCCGGCAUUCUUACAGCGAACUCCUUUCCGUUGGGUUUCACGUUCCGCCGGGUAGUAGCGCUCAGAUCAUUUCAUUACCGUAAGGCUUCGGAUUGUCUUUUCUCUGUCCUGUCGUCACCUGAUCGGAGGUGCUCUUUUAACACUCGGAUAAAGGAAUUUAGUUAAUGAA